AUAUAAUGCAUUGGAUUAGGUCAGUGGGCUAUCAGAACAUUGCCAAGUUUCAAUACAAUUCAUUGGAGCCUCUUCUAAGUAAUCUAUUUCCACAAUGCAGCUCUCUGUGUCCACUUUCAUCGUACCAUUCCUCCUAGUGGCGUCCGUAAAUGCAUUCACAUUACGCCAGCAGAAAAUGGUAAGCAUUUUCGCACUCGAAUGUAUGGCAGAAACGGGCAUCGGUGCCGAUUCGCUGACAAAGCUGCGCGACGGUGAUCUUUCCGCGAACGAUCGUACGGCGAAAUGUUUCAUGAAAUGUUUCUUCGAGAAGGAGAACUUUAUCGAUGCGAAGGGACAGCUGCAGCUGGAAGCGAUUGCGACGGCGCUGGAGAAGGAUUACGAGCGAGUCAAGAUCGACGAAAUGCUUGAGCAGUGCGCUGUACAGAAGGAGGAUCCCUGUGAAACGGCAUUCCAUGCAUACGAGUGCUAUCACGAUCAAUACCAGAAUCUUUAGAAGUUGAUUAUUUAAUUAUUGAGUUUUUUAGUCAUUUUAUUGAACUCCUCAUUGUG